UGGAGAGGGAGGGAAGGAGGAAGGGAGGGAGGGGGUGUUGUCGCCGUUUCCCUCCAGACAUACAUCAUUUCAGCCCCGACCUACAGCUGCUGCCACAGAGAUGGAGACUACAGCAUUGCGGGAAUAACUCAGACUGCAUGCCGAGUCCUUUCUUCCAAACAGACAGGUUGAGUUGACGGGGAGUUUUCCUUUCAGAGAAGGAGCAUCAUUCCUGACGUUCAUAAUGCGCAGAAGGGGCUCAGUCCUGCAGCUGUCACUGGGUUAAAACCUGUCAACCUUGGAGAGUGAGGGAGGUCGGUUUGGACAGCCAGAACUCCUCGGAGCCGGCUGCUUCUGGACCGCAAACCGGAUCUCACGUCCAAAACCUGGAGACAUUUUCUUUUGCUGCAUUCACGAUGAUCUGAGCGUGACUUCUGGACGCUGAGUAGAGGCAUCCCUCCCCCCUCUCUCUCUCUCUCUCUUUCCUCCCCCCUUUCUCUCCCGCCUCUCCUCUCUGUCUCUCUUUCUCUCCUUUCUUUCCGUGGGUUCAGCACAGGCUGCCCGGUCAGUUAGCCUCCUUUUUUUUUUCCGGCGCCGUGGAAGCUGAUGGCGAUGGGACGACUCGGGUUCAGCACCACGAAGAGCGCAAGACUUCUGCUGCUCGGUGUUCUGGCGCUGUCCGUGGUGCUGGCUGAGCAGGAAGGGGAGAACCUGUCCGGUCUGUCCAACAACCCGGACAAAGCCAUCUUCGCGGUCCGGGAGAACGGCACGACAUGCCUGAUGGUGGAGUUCGCCGUGAAAUUCCUCGUGCCAUAUGACGUGCGCGCGCUCAACGGGAUAGACCUGAUCACCGAGCAGGCGGCGUUCACCCUGCCCCGUGGUGCGGAAAUCGAGGGGAAAUGCGGGAACACGGAGUCCGAGAUCCAAAUCAGCUGGAAGAACAACGCCUACACUCUCCGCAUCUACUUCUCUAAGGAGUUUCGUGACAAGGGCACCGCUGUGUGGAAGAUCAGUAAGGUCCAGUUCGUCUACGACACCUCGGAGAAAUCGCAUUUCAUCAACGCGAACAACGCUGGGAAGCACACAGCCAGCACCCACCCCCUGUCGGCCCUGGUGACCCCUGCCGGGCGCUCCUUUGUGUGCCAAGCCCAGCAGACUCUCACCCUCAUCUCAAGCGACCACCAGAAGGUGAUCACCAUGUCCAUGUAUGACAUCCAGAUCCAACCCUUCGACAUCGCCUCGGACUUCAUGUUCAGCGAACCCUACAAGUGCAUCACCGACCAGCGGGAGCGCCUGGAGGAGACACUCCCCCUCAUUCUGGGCUUCAUUCUGGCCCUCAUAAUCGUCAUCACGCUCACCGUCUACCACUUCCACCUGAAGCUGACAGCGACCCAGCCCCAGCUCCCCAGAGAUCGCUCCAUGUACAAGAACAUGUAGUCAGUAGCACCGUGGUGGCGGCGGCGGCUCCCCUCAGCUCUCUCCAAAGCUAACCUGAUAAAAGACUUGUUUCCUCGAUGUCCCAGGCCUAACACCACAGAGGAGAAGUGCUAUGCGAAGGACUGAAUCCCUGACAGAGAAAUGUGUGUAGCCUGUACUAUAGGCCCACUGGAAUCACUGGGAGUUAAUGGGACAGCUUGGGGCCUAGCAUGGAUGUAGUUGGAGGGUAAAUCCACCAAAACCUAAUUUACCUGGCUGCUGAAUUGAAUCUUAAAUGCCAUAAAUUCAUAGUCUACAGUAAUUAGAAUUUCAAAGAAAAUAAAAACAUACAUUUAUGCUUUUAUGAAGAUUAAAGUGUUUUUUGUUCAGAUUGGUGGUUGUUCAUCUGAAAAUCACCAACUUGGGGUUAUUUUUUUUUUCCAAUAACAUCACUGGGAUCCGAUUUAUCACUUCAGCCAUUUUUAUCCGAUGUCUCUUUGAAAGAAAUUUCAAAAAUUGCCAGUGCUUCUGCUGUCAUUUGUUGUCUUCUCCUCUCUCUCUCUCUCUCUCUUUGAAACUGCUGCUAAAUUAUUUCAGUACCUAUUGUCGGUUCUGUAUUUGCUCUUUUUGUUCAAGAAUCCCUUUUUAUUUCUUUUUUUUUUUGAAUGCAGCCAUAGUGUUUCACAGUGGACAAGUCUUGUAGUGUGUGCAGUGCAGUGGCAUUCAGAGUUGCAAUGUUUUUGCUUUGACUUCGACAAAUCUUUUCUCCACACUAAUGUAUGGAACAUAUCAACAA